CGGAGCGGGCCGCGCGCGGGCGGUGGGCGCCGCCGCCGCCGCCAUGUUCCGGUAUCAGUCCUUGGAGGACUGUCCGCUGGAUGAGGAUGAAGACGCGUUCCAGGCCCUGGGGGAGGAAGAUGAAGAUAUCGACCAGUUCAACGAUGACACCUUUGGAGCCGGGGCUGUCGACGACGACUGGCAGGAGGCACACGAGCGACUGGCGGAACUGGAGGACAAACCGGUGGCUGCCAGGGAACAGGAUGGACCUGGCGGAGAGGAGACGGAUCUGCUGGGCGAGUCCGAGGACACGCUGGCGGAGCGGCUGACCAGGCUGGUCAUCGAUAGCGAGCUGGAGGAUCCUGCCAUUAUGCAGGCUGUGCAGACCAGGGUCCCCGCGCAGCAGCCUGGAGGGCUGAACUCCAGCAUCUGGGACAGCUCGGCCGUCCUGCGGCGCAUCCGGGGACCGCUUCUAACUCAGGAGAUGCCGUCGGUGUCCGUGCUGGACUACGCUCUGCCUCAGAGACCCCCGCAAGCUCGAGAGGAAGAGCGGGACCCCUCUGAGCGGGCGCUGCCCCGGCGUUCAUCAUCCCCUGUCAUUGGGAGCCCCCCUGUCCGGGCUGUCCCCAUCGGCACCCCUCCCAAGCAGGCUGCCGUGCCCAAUUUCAACCAGCAGAUCCUGUGUCCGAAGCCUGUCCACAUCCGAGCUACCAUGCAGCAGCGCUACCCUGCUCCCUACGGCGAGAGGAUGUCCCCCAACCAGCUCUGCAACGUACCGAAUUCCUCCCUCUUGGGCCACCCGUUCCCCCACAGCGUCUCUCCCGUCCUCACCCACCUGCAGAGAGCGCAGCUGCUGGGAGGAGCCCAGGCCGGCCGAAUGUCCCCCAGCCAGUUUGCCCGGGUCUCUGGCCUGGUCGGGAGCCCUCUUCCCUCCGUCAAUCCCAAGCUGCUCCAGGGCAGAGUUGGGCAGAUGAUGUCUCCGGCCAGCGGGUUUCGUGCCUUCUUCGGGGCUCCCCCCGCUCCACCUCCCUCGCAGCCGCAGCACCCACCGGGCCCUGGAUCCCACCUUCAGAGCCUGAGGCCGCAGCCCCAGAUGUUCCGACCGGACACGACCCAUCUGCACCCCCAGCAUCGCCGGCUCCUGCACCAGCGACAGCAGCAGAACCGAAACCAGCACCGGAGCCUCAAUGGCUCGGUGGGGGACCGAGGGGGCCACCGGAGCAGCCACCAGGAGCAGAUGCGCAAAGACCCCUACGCCAACCUCAUGCUGCAGCGGGAGAAGGACUGGGUGUCCAAGAUCCAGAUGAUGCAGCUGCAGAGCACUGAUCCCUACCUGGAUGACUAUUACUACCAGAAUUACUUCCAGAAGCUGGAGAAGUUAGCAGCAGCGGAGGAAGUCCACGGUGAUGGUCCCAAGAAGGAACGCACUAAACUCAUCACACCUCAGGUGGCUAAGCUGGAGCACACCUACAAGCCAGUGCAGUUCGAGGGCUCGCUGGGGAAGCUCACCGUCUCCAGCGUGAACAACCCCCGGAAGAUGAUCGACGCGGUGGUAACCUCCCGCAGUGAAGAUGACGAGACGAAGGAGAAGCAGGUUCGAGACAAGAGGCGCCAGACCCUUGUUACAAUCGAGAAGACAUACAGCCUCCUCCUGGACGUGGAGGACUAUGAGAGACGCUACCUCCUGAGCCUGGAAGGCGAGCGGCCGGCCCUGAUGGGCGAGAGAAAGCAGAAGAUCUGUGAUAUGUAUGACAAUCUGAGGGGGAAGGCACCCGGACAGGAGAGGCCGAGCGAUGACCACUUCAUGCAGAUCAUGUGCAUCCGGAAAGGGAAGCGCCUCGUAGCCCGGAUCCUCCCCUUCUUGUCACCCGAGCAAGCAGCCGACGUACUCAUGGCGACGGCCAGGAACCUGCCCUUCCUCAUCAAGAAGGAUGCUCAGGAUGAGGUGCUGCCCUGCCUGUUGAGGCCCUUCUCGCACGUUCUCUACCACCUUCCCUUGGGGACGGUCACCAGCCUUGUGCAGCAGCUAACGAACCUACCUCAGAGCGCGACCGCGCCAGCGCCCACCAACCUGCACCUCACUGCUGUGCUCCAAAACAAGUUUGGCCUGUCCCUGCUGUUCUUGGUCUUGAGCCGUGGGGAGGAACUGCAGAGCUCGGACACGAACGCGGAGCUAAUGCAGGACAACCAGUGGACGGAGCUGAUGCUCAUGGCAACCCGGGAGCUCCUGCGGAUCCCUCAGGCGGCCUUGGCCAAGCCGGUGUCCACCCCCUCGAACCUGAUCUCCCUCUUCUCUCGCUACGUCGACCAGCAGAAGCUGAACCUGCUGGAGACGAAAUUGCACUUAGUGCACGGGAUCCGGUAGGAAAUCUCCGCGGCUCCUCGCCACCGCCGUCGGCAUACCCCCCCGCGGUGUUCCAGAGGAUGGAUGGAGGGCAGGCGGCUUCCCCACACCCCCCCAAAACCCUGGGCCUGGCAGGACGGUGUCCCCCACCCCACAACCCUGGCUGGGGGGGGGGGGGGGGGGGGGGAAGAAGGGGUGGGGGGGUGUUGGCUGCUCCCCACCCUCCCCCACAAAGUGCUGCGUCUCCCUGCUGCGCCCAAACCCCCCCCGACCCCCCCUGCUCCCCCCCCCCCCCGACCCCCCCAAAACAGCUGCUGCUUCUCCCCACACACACUACGGGAAGAGGGGGGGGCUGUAGGGCUGGGAGAAGCCCCCCCACACACACACCCAUCCAUGGGGUGAUGACUUUGCCCCCUCCUCCUUCCCCCAGCCCCCCCCAUCCAGCCCCGAGGUCUGAUCCCUGCCCUUCCCUGCCGGCGCACGCGCGUGUGAGCGCACGCGCCUCUUUUUUGCACACACACUUGCCUUGUCUUCCCGAAAGUCGGCUCCUUCCCUCGUCCCUGGGGGGCUGGGGGGGGGGGGUAUUCCCCCCCCCCCCCCCCCCCACCUGCCCCCAGCCCCAGGAUUCUGCUCUUCUGCUCCUCGGGAAUGUUGGGGGGAGCGGUUUAAUUUUACCUUUUUUUUUUUUUUUUUUUUUUGCUUUUAAAAAGAAAACAAAGAGAUUUGCACAUGUAGGUAUUUUACAACCAGUAACACCACCACGCCCCCCCCCCAGCAUUAACCAGCCCCCCACCCCUCGGCUGCUUCCUGACCCCCCCCGCCUUCUCCCUCUGACUGAUCAAGUGGAAAGUUCAUUUAUUAUUAUUAUUUUUUUUUUUUUUUUUUUUUUUUUUUUUUGUUUUUCUUUGUGCUUUUCCCCCCACCCCUUCCCUCCCCCGCCGAGUUUUUGGUUCUGGUUAAUGAGAAUAAAAUUUCUAAAUUUACAUUUUUAUAGGGUAUUGUAAAUAAAGAUGAAUUGUAUACUG